AUGGGGGUGGAGACGGUCCUUUGGGGCUGCCUUCAGAUGUCUUCUAAAGCCUUUAUACUUGCUUGUCUCCUUAGCACAGGCGUGGCAUUACUCCAUACCCUCCAGGAUUUCUCAGGGGAAAAUAGGCAUGUCUUAAGGAAAAGCAGGACAUUCUUAGAUCAAAUCAGAAACCAGGUCGGCUUCUGUAAAUCUGGGAGGAGGAGCUUUGGCCCAGGGUAUAAAAGGCUCCAGCCCUGGAAGAAGCUCCAGCUCAGCCCAGAAGGUUUUCUCCAGCAGCCGAGAGAAGCUCCCAGCCCACAGCCAGCAAUCAUGGCCGAGAUGCAGAUCACCAUCGAUAUGGAUAAGGGCAUCAUUAGUGCAGAAGCCCUUGACAUGUAAGUCCAGGGGUGGUUGCCUCUCUAGGCAGGUUGGGCAGGUGCUCCUCUUUCCACCUGGAUAAUAACCAUCCAUGCCUCUCCCUUUUUCCUUCCUUCCUUCCUUUGUUCCUUCUCUGCAGCCUGCUGGUGGUCUACCCCUGGUGCCAGAGGCGUUUCGCUGGCUUCGGGAACCUCUCCAGCCCUGCCCUCUCAUUAGGAACCUCUCCAGCCCUCUUUGCACGAGGUCAAGGAGGCUUUUUCCAAGCUGCCUGAACUGCUGUGCGACAAUCUCCACAUGGACCCCGUCAACUUCAGGGUGAGGCUGCUCCCCCACCCCAAGGGGCUGCCUGGCAGGGGGGACUGGGGGUGCCGUGUGUGUGUGUGUCACUCUGGGUGGCUCACAGGACAUAAAACAUUAGACAUUAAAAAUUUCCUGCUACAGGAUUGCCUUCAGAUUUCAGUUAGUUGUUUAUUUCCUUGACAUCUGGUGGGAGGGCAUUCCACAGGGCGGGCGCCACAACCAAGAAGGCCCUCUGCCUGGUUCCCUGUAACCUCACCUCUCACAGUGAGGGAACUGCCAGAAGGGAGCUGGACCUCAGGGUUUGGGCUGAACAAUGUGGGGGGAGACGCUCCUGUGGGUAUACAGGGCUGAGGCCUUUUAGGGCUUUCAAGGUCAACACCAAAACUUUGAAUUGUGCUCGGUGGUCUUAGCAGCCCCUCCCUAUCACCAGUCUAGCUGGCGCAUUCUGGAUUUGUUGCAGUUUCCGUAUCACCUUCAAAGGUAGCCCCACAUAGAGUGCAUUGCAGUAGUCCAAGUGGGAGAUAACUAGAGCAUGCACCACUCUGGCCAGACAGUCAGGGAGGGUCUCAUCCUGCGCACCUUCAAAGGUGCAUUGCAGUAGUCCAAGCGGGAGAUAACCAGGGCAUGGACCACUCUGGCCAGACAGUCCACUGAGGCGUUCCCAAAGUAAAGGAAGGAUUGAACUCUGAUUAAUACAAAUACACACAGAGGCUUGAACCAGCAAGACUUUGGGAAGGGUGAGUAUAAUAAUCUUCUCUCUGUGUGUGCCUCCAGCCCCUGGCCCAGGUCGUUUUAUUCACAAAAGAACUUUUUACAGAGUGUUCGUAAGAACCAAUCAGAUUUCUUCUGAGCAUUUCAACAAACCCACGUAGGGACAAAGUUAAACUACAAACACUAGUUAGGCAUGCAUACAUUUGGGUAAAUGAAUGAAAACUACAAAGGAGUGCAUUCAGCAACCCCAGAGGUCAUAAACAAUCAAUACACAUGAGAAGAAGGAUGGCCAGGAGGACAGCGAUCAUUACCACCUUUGUGUGAGACCUGUUUCCUGGCCCUAAGAUUAACACAUCAGAAAAGCUACUUCAAAGAAGCUUGCCCACUAUCUUUAUGGCCCAGGAUGCUUGCCUGGCAAAGCAACUGGGCUGUGUACGUGACUUGACAAGCAAGAGAGAUGGGCAGUAGAGGAAAUGGCCAGAGAUGCAGAGGGUUGUGGGAUUUGGUCAGAAAUUAUUGUCAAUGAAUCAAACCCAGUCAACACAAUGCAUUCAUAGUGGACACAACGACUUGCCCAAAGUCCACCCUAAACAGUGCUUCUGUCUUGUCAGGAUUCAACCUCAAUCUGUUGAAUGCGUUGUGGGAUCUGUUGUGGGGAGAGGGUGACUCACACAUGGGCCCCGGCAGAAGGAGUCACCCUCUCUUUCUCUUCCAGCUCCUGGGCAAUGUCCUCGUCAUCAUCGUGCUACCCCUCCCCGGACAGGAAUUCACCCCUGCUUACCACCAUGCCUUCCACAAGCUGGUUCGGGUGAUGGCUCAUGCGCUGGCCCGCCGGUCCUACUGAGACACCCCCAGGGAGAAGCGGCCAGCUCCUACUGAACUCACCACCCACCGGGUGGGGGCCACCCCUUCUUGCCCCCAUGUGACGCUUGACCCUCUAAUAAACCUCCCUCUGCAAUAUGACCUGGUUUCCUGUGUCCUCAAUGCUCAUGGCGGACUGAUCCCCCCCAUGUUCCAAGGCCCCCCCCCCGUCUCGAUGGUCAUCUCCCCACCCAGUUCUGGUCUGUUGCCCUCACUCUUCUUCCUACUCUAGAGAAAUUGGGGGUGAGAGACUCAGAGGGGGAUGCGGACCCUUCCCCUGCUCUGGAUUCCAUCCCUCUGAAUAAGGGGUGGGGGUACCAACAGGGGCCACCCAGAGAGACCCCCAAGGGCCACUCUCUCCCCGCAAUGCCCCUCCCUGCCUCUUUCCAGAUGGGUGUCAGGGAUGGAGCUGCCUCCGAAUCGGCAGGGAGAGGGAGGAAUUCAUUUCAUUUUAUCCAUUUAUUUGUUUAUUAAAUUUGGGGGUUUACAGUAUGCAGUUACGAUAGAAAACCACAAAACACAUAAACAAAACAAAAUCAACCCAAUAAACACCCCCGCCAACAUAUUUCACACCCAUAAUAACAUCAAAGGAGUUUACCACCUUCAUUGAAACAUCAAACAAACAGAUCCAAAGUAAAACGCCUUGGGGGCAGCGAAGCUGGCAAGUCGCCUUUUGGGGGUCCCAGAGGGAGGUCUAUGGGGGGAAAGGGGCAGGUCUCCCCUAAGCUUCCGAGGGUAUUGAAAGGGCAUGAUCUGCGGCCAUCCAAUAAUGUCUUUUUGGGGUUUGUGAUCCGGGAUGGAAAUCCCUGUCUCCCAGACGAAGCAGAGGCGAGGUUCUCCCCCAGUCCCAGGCUUGGAAGCAGCCGCUCCCCCUGUGGCUUUUGUCCUUCUGACUGCCAGCCAGGUGUCCUCGGGCGCAGAGCAAGCGCCUUCCUUGCGCCCUCAGGCCAUUCGCUGGCCCAGAAAGCUGCCUGGCUCCUUCAGCAAAGGAUUUCAACCCUCGCUGGGUCCAGGAAUGAGAAGGGACUCGCUCCAGCAUCAUACAGGCUAAGCCACCCACCCCAAACUCAAUAUUUUGAAAUCACAAAGGAAGCUUAAGUAUACAGAGGACAUUUAGUGCAGCAAAGUGAACAAAACAAUUAUCUUAAAAAAUUAUCUUCAACAAAACAUUGCUUAAGGAGGUCAACUUUAAAACAGAGCAGAGCAGGAAGGUUGGAGACUUUAGCGAGGCACGUAGGCACUGGCGGAGGAAGAGGAGUGCGGGGGAGCGCAUUGCCCCCGGCAGUUGCAUCCCGGUAGGGGGCCAUCUCGGCUGCCCCCCCCCGGGCCCGUGCUGGGCACUAUGCUCCUGCAAGUGGCAUGUCCUGCCCCCAGGACGUGCGCCGGACCCCCCACCUGCUCUCCGCCCCCCCACGUGCCGGAGCAUGAAGCUCCCCCACUGCACGGAUGGGGGUGUCAUAGAAACAUAGAAUGGUAGAGUCAGAAGGGGCCCCAGGGUCAUCUAGUCCGACCCCCUGCAAUGCAGGAAUCUUUUGCCCAUGACCCUGAGAUGAAGAGUCUCCUGCUCUACCUGCUCAGGUAGCAGUGGGGGGCAGAAUAUGUGCUCCCCAUAUGCCAGUGUCUUUCUUCAUAGUCCCCCUCAGUCCCUGCCCUGCUCCUGAGCCUCUGGCUUCUCAGAGAUGGGGGCAUGAGGGCAUGUUUCGUACGUCACUGUAUGAAGUAUGGGAGAGAUUGGGGGCCACCAGGUGGCGCAUUGGAAGAUGGCCGACAAUAACAUCUCUCCGACCCACACAAGGUAAUUAAGAGGCGGCUAUGGGAAGUAUGCAGUCUUCCUACCCCCCAAGGAGAUGGGGGGGACUGCCUUGCCAGCGGUGGCCAUAAUGCACCCCCGGAUUAGAGAAGGGGGUGCCCCGGUCACUUGGCACCAGCCCUCGGUGAAGUCGGCUCUUCCCGGACGCUGUCUCCAAUCUGCGCGUGCUGGUUCGCUUUAGCUCGAAAAUACAAUUGGAAAUAUAUAACUGGAAGAAGCUAAAGCACAUACAUCAAGCAAAGGUCGGGAGAUAAGACUGCUGAUUAAUGGAUCUCUGGUAUCGGAGCGGCGGGCGAGGACAAAUAAAUCAAGCGAUGAAGCGCCAUUAAGAGAUUGGUAUGUCUGGAGUGAAGAAGGGGGGUGGAGGAAAAACCUUUUCUUUUCUUUGCCUUAUGUGAGUAUUAAUAAUCCUCCACCCCAAAGAAAGAAGAAUCGUCGUAUUUUAUUAAUCACAAGCAGGAAUUUAAAAACUGUGUGGGAUGAAUUAAUGAUGAAUGAAGAGAGGAUUGGUAAAUAUCGGAGAAUGGAAAAAUUCUAUGACGCAGUUUUAAAAUGGCGUCUCGCAAGACAGGCUUGUCUAAGAAAGAUGGGGGGAGGAGAACCAGGACUAUUGGAAUGUGAAUGAUGAUUGGAAUUUGAUCUUAACCUGGCAGAGCCCUCUAGGAGAUAUUUUACAAGCCUGGGAAAACUAAAGGGCAGACCGAAGAUAAAUUUUUGAAGGAGGAGGGGAAUGGCGGCUGUCCCUAUGAGAUAUGACUGGUGGAGUGUGUAAAACCCACACAGACGAUGUUUGCUUCCAACCUGCUUGUGAAGAUUAUCAGAGAUCGCAAAGAAAGGAAUAUAUGACAACAACAAGAAGAUGAAGAAAGUAAUAAAGAGACUAUCUGGAUAGAACUGGAUAGAACUGUUUAAUUAAAGCAGUAAUAGAAGUGAUGUUUGGAUCCUCGUUCGGAGCUUGAUGAAUGGGUACCCCCAACAAAAUUGAAAAAUUUGGCUGUAUAAUUUGCAAUUAAUGUGAUUUGAAAUAAUGUGAUACGAUUGGCCUGUUAAUAAAAAUUAUGGUUUUUUUAAAAAAAAUGAAGUAUGGGAGAGAUUUAAAAAUCUAUUGGAACGUAUAACACCAUGGUGGCUCUCACUUUUCGAGGCAAUGAGUGUGAAAAAGAUAAAUAUGAAUAAGAAUUGAGCGACCUAUCAACAAUUAAUGAUGGAGAUGGAAAACCAAUGGAAAUUAAAGCCGUGUGGAGAGGUUACAUUUUUUGUGAAAGAUUGGUUGCAUUAUCGUCAAGUCAAUGAAAUGUUUAAAGAAGAUUAAAUAAAAAUGGAUUUGGAUUUACUAAAUCGAGGUUUGAAUUGGAAUUGUUAAACAAUAAGUUUAAAAUAUGAUCUAUAAUGUACAAAUUACUAUUGGAAUGACAUUUAAAAGAUGAAGAAGUUAAAUCAGUAAUGAUACAUUGGGCUAAGAUAUAGGGCAUAAUAUACCAAUAGACGAUUGGGGGAGGUUAUGGAAAGAGGGAAUAAACUUUACAGCCUGCAGUGCAUUAAAAGAAAAUAUAAUGGAAAUGAUGUACAGAUGGUAUAGAACACCGGUAAAACUAGCCAAAAUGUGCAAAACAAAUAAUAAAUGUUGGAAAUGUAAAGAAAAUGUGGUUUUACCACAUGUGGUGGGAAUGUAAAAAAGUGAAAGAGUUCUGGGAAAUGAUUUAUAAUGAAAUUUUUAAAAUGUUGAAAUAUACAUUUCCAAAAAAACAGAAGCUCUUUUACUUGAUAUGGUAGGUUCAGAAAUACAUAAGAAUGAUUUUUGAAAAAACAAAAUAAUAAUAAAAAACUGUUUUUGCUGGACUUCCAGUUGGUCGCCCAGUUAUGGCAGUCAAGAGCUCUUUCCACUAAAAGAGCCCCUGCGCUUUGAAGUUGGGGAGACCGCGAGAGCGUCACGGUUCCCUGGAAAGAACCUCAGAUCGGGCGUUCUGAGGACCUGGUGUUCCAGCAGGUGCCUUUUGCGACUCCCCUGCUCCCCGGUAAGCUUCCUUCAAAGCAGCGAAGCUCCGAGACUGGCGAUCGUGAGCGGCCAAUUCCUUCAUACAAGAGACUGAAUAAUUCGGAACUGUAAGUACUUUCAAAACUAAUUCAGAAAAGAUUGGGAAGAAAAGGGAGACCUAAAAACGGAGGUCAGUCCCCUUUGUUGGAAAAGUUGAAAAUCGGUGUGCAAAGGCCGAAGACUUAAAGGAAAGAAAAACUUUUAAAACCCUGUAAGCAAUUUUGCCCCCCCCCCCCCACUUCAGGGGAAGAGGGGGUAUUUGUGCCUUGGAUAUAAAUUUGGGAAGUCUGUGAAUUCGACUGAGACCUUCCCAUUCGGCAGCGGACCACCCGGGAGGGAAGACUAGUCUCCAUUGUGACGUCACAAUGGAAGAGGAAACAUUCAAUCUCCGUUUCCACUGACUUAGCUACAAACUUUCCUGUGCUGGCUGUCUACAUUCUGAAUUGGCUCAAAAGUGUCCCCCUUCCUCAGAAGAAGGGGGACUUGGAAAAUUUUCUCUUGCCAGUUCUGUCUUUGGUAUUCAGCUAGUUUGGAACGUUAAGGAAGCUGCCUCUGGGCUGGCUGCAGUGGGAUUGGUGGAGGGAACUUGUUUUUCUCCUUUAUUGUGCCAGACUGUGAGAUUGACCUUGACAUUCCUAAGCUAUUAUGAGUUCAGAAAGGCUGAGACGUGGUUCUAAAACUCCACAAUUUGAGGAGUCGGUGAUGUCCAUGUUAGCUGACAUAAAAAAGGUUUAGAUUGUAAUACAGCAAGCAUAGAUAAUUUGGAAAAGAAGAUUGAACAUUGAAGUACUGACAUGAAAGACGAGAAAAAGGAAAUAACCACACAUGAUCCAAGGUUGGCACAGCUGGAGACUGUUACAGUGCCAGACUUGGAACGGUUGCAGUAUGAAAAUGCUAAUUUGAUCGCCUUCCUUCUGUUGAAAGAAAAAGAAUCGUAUUUGAGAUUGAGGGGGGUCCCCUUUCUGGAAGAAGAAAAACUCAGAAUCUCUGAUAGGAUUUUUUGUGGAAUAUUGGGACCUGAAAAAAGAGGAAGUGGAAGCUUGGGUAGAGAAAGCGUACAGAUUUGGGCCUAAAAAGGAGACUAAAAUAACUUAUGAUUGCAUAGUGGUCUUCAAGACUAAGGAGCAAAGAGACAUUAGUUUGGGACAUCAGUAUAAAAAAGCCUUAAAAUCCAUGACAAAGUGGUGGUGCUCUUUAAAGAGAUCCCACGUCGAUUUUUGAACCUGAGAUCCCAAUAUAAGGAUUUGACAGACAUUCUGAGACGAAAGAACAUCUUUCUUAGGUGGGAAUUUCCAAAGGGCCUAUCCUUCAAAUUCGAAGGAAGAAAGCAAAAGAUGAAGACUGUUGGAGAGAAGGAUAGAUUUCUGCAAAAGCACUCGGAAGAACUUGGAUUACAAAGCUCACAGCCGCUGGGGGCGGAGGCAGCUUCCCCCUAAUUAGACAGCAUGGCAUUGAGAAUUUAUUCAUGGAAUGUAAAUGGAAUGAACUCAACCCCAAAAAGGAGACAAAUUUAUUAUAUUUUGGGAAAACAGAAUUUAGAUAUAAUUUGUUUACAGGAAACUCACAUUACAAGACUACAUAGGAAAACAUUGAUAAAUAAAAGAUUGGGUCAAGAAUUUAUUUCUUCAGACAAAGUCAAAAAAAGAGGAGUGGUUUUCUAUAUUCAAGAAAAAUGGAAUCCAAAAUUGGCAUUUAAAGAUGAGGAAGGAAGACACAUAGCAGUUGAAAUUACAGCACAAGGCGAAAAAUAUUUGUUAUUAGGAAUCUACGCACCUAACGAUGGCAAAGUGGAAUUCUUUAAGAACCUGGAAACAAGUCUCUUGGAAUAUAUGGAUUACAAAUUAAUAUUGAUGGGGGACUUGAAUGGGGUUGCAUCUACUUUGAUGGACAGGACUCAGAGAUCAAAGGUAUCAAACUGGCAGAUUACCUAAGACUUUCUUUGACCUAACUGACAAAUUUGAUUUGUCAGACAUAUGGAGAACCAGAAAUCCAAUGGAAAAAGACUUUACUUUUUUUUUCCAGAUGCAAACCAAGUAUUUUCAAGAACAGACUGCCUAUGGAUAUCUAGAGACUUGGUUCCUAAAGUAACAAAAAUGGAAAUUUGCCCCAAAACUUGCACCGAUCAUAAUGCAGUUCUUAUGGAUUUGAAGAUGUUUGUACAGGGUUCCUUCAGAUGGAGAAUGAAUGAUGACUUGCUGAGAAGUGCUUCAAUUGUUAACAAGGCCCAAAAAACCCUCUAGGACUAUUUUGAGCGUAAUAUGACCCAAGGAAUGGAAACAACGGUUAUUUGGCGACUUCCGGGGUGGCGCCUCCGGAAAAUGGCGGAAUUCCCUUCGAACUGAAGGGAACCCGCUGCACGGAGGCUUGGGUCCUGCCGCUACGGCGCAGCGGGGCCCCUUAAAAACCACAGGCGGAAGAAGCCUGUGGGCGUGGGACUCGGCGGGCACCGAGAGCGCUCUCCCCUUGUACAGGAGCCCGGCAACGGGCUCCGGAGCGGGAGGUGCGUGGUGCUGUGAGUCGACUGCUUCCUCCGUGCAGCAAAGCCGCACUGCCGUUUUCGGAGAGCGCUGCCUUCUUCUUGGACAAUUUGGCAUCUAAAAUAUCUAUCCGUGAGUACCUGAUCUUGGAAGAGCUGAACUACUUUUAAGAUUGGAGAAUAAAUAAAUAGCAUUGGAUUUGGACUUGAAAUUGAACUUAAUUGGGACUCGGAACGGAAAGGUCUAAACAGGAAGUCACCCUUCCGUUCUUUUGUUACGUGAAGAAAGCAAAGACAAAUUAUACUGAAGCUUGAAAAUUAAAUUCUGAGAGAACUAAAAUUCAACAUCUAAGAUUUCUGAACCCCCCUUUGACUGCAGGAGAAGAAGGGGGUGGUUUUGGUUUUUUUUUUACCCUGCGGAAGUGAGUUUAAAAUAAAGUAAUUUUCCACCGCCCUGAACCAGGAGCGGGCUGUCAGAAUUGACGUUUUGAAGCUUAUCCAGCUCGACAGAUAGUUAAAAGAAGGGUAACAUUUUGACUCUACUGUUGCUUCUUAGGGGGAAUUUUGGAUAAAGUGUUUUUGGAAAAAGUAAGAUUGUUGCAAAAGAAAAAUUUGUUCCAUCUAGUGGAACUGAGUGAAAUUGCAAUGCAGAGAGUUUAAAAAGAAGAGCUAUUCUCGUGGGAAAGAAUAUUUUUUGACCUUGAAGGACAAUGCUUGUACAAAGGCUUGAACAAGUGUUCCUGGAAGGUUUUGCAAAAUUAAGUGCCCAGCUGGACCAGAUGCGUCAGGAGUCGACCUUGAUGAUGGAAGUUACCAGAGCACAGCAGCAAACAAAUGAAAUUCAGUUAAAGUCUAUACAAGUAUAUGAACCUGCUGUAGCGACGGAGGCUUCAGAGAUGGAGGGAUCAUUGGAUGGGCAAGAUCAGCCUUUGAACUUGAUAAAUGAACUUGGUGCAAAUCUGAUGGGCCAUCAGAAGAUUGGAGUAGUCGAAGUCUCCAAGCUCUGUGGAAAAUGGAACUGGCAUUAUCUGCUCUCUGGCUUGGGUAAUGGGUCUGGAAUGGACUUGCUGCAAAGAGUUAAAAGCAUCUUUUUGCUGGAGUCUCCACGACUGAAAGGGAAAUAUCAACAAGAGCGGCGAAAGGGGCAAGAAAGAGACUUGAGGGCCUCGGAUACGAGACAACCAGGUUAACGAGCUGGAUUAUUGAGGUUAAAAGGACUGACAAUCUUGGGUCCUGGGGAGGGGAGGUUGGAAGCUGACUGGACCGAAUUUGACUUAUUAUUUUUUCUUUCUUAUUUCUUAAUAUUGGGAAUGUUUAUAAAUGUUUGAAGGGUGUUGAAUGAAAUUAUAUGGCUUAAGUAAGGAUUGGUAAAUGAUUUGUAAAAAGGUAAUGAUGUAAGAAUUUGCUAAAUAUUGAAUAUUGAAUUAAAGUUUUUAUAUGACAAGAGGGAAAAUAGAAUAAGGAAAUGUAAUGAUAGAUUGUUGUGGAAAAAAAGGACAGAAAGGAUUUGCUGUGAAAAUUAAAAACUAAGAAACAAGAGAGGGGAGGAGGAGGAAGUCUAGAAAGGAAGUUAAUGGAGAUCGUAAAGAACUACAUAUUUCUGUUUUUCUGUUUUUCUUUUUUUUCUUUUUUGCGGCUGGGUUUUCUUUUCUUUUUCUUUAAUAUCUUUGUAUUACUUUUGUUAUUUUUGUAUUUUCAAUUUUCUUUUUGGAAAUUUUUGUUGUUACUCUUUGAAAACUCAAUAAAUAUCAAUUAUGAAAAAAAAAGAAAAAAAAAAAAAAGGAAACAACGGUUAUUUGGGAUGCCAGCAAAGCAGUAAUGAGAGGGUUUCUGACACAACAAAAUUCAAUUAGGAAAAAGUCACAGAAUGAGAGAAAAGAUGAAAUUAUGGAACAACUAAAAGACAAAGAGAAGAAGCUUAGAGGAAACCCAAAGAAUUUGCAGAUUCAAAAAGAAAUCAAGGCCUUACAGGUUCAAUAUUCACAGUUAGUAAAUCAAGAAAUAGAAUGGAAGUUGAGAAGGAUGAGCCAAAGAAAUUUUGAAUCUGCAGAUAAAUGUGGGAAAUUAUUAGCCUGGCAAUUAAAGAAGAAACAAAAGCAAAGUACUAUCACAAACAUUGUAACAGAAGGGAAAUCUAUAGAGAACCCUGCAGAUAUAAGAAAAUGUUUUUACAAAUAUUAUAAACAACUGUAUAAAAAGGACAAAGAGGAUUUGGUAAAAAUUGAGCAAUUUAUAAAGAUUAAUGGUUUGCAGCAGAUUCCGGAAGAUAAAAAGAUCCUACGAAAAGGCCUAAUUACAAGACAAGAAGUGGAACAGGCAAUAAACUCAAAGCAACUUGGCAAGGCACCGGGACCUGAUGGUCUAUCAGCGAAAUAUUACAAGACAUUGAAAGAUUGGCCUUUCAACCCCUGGUAGAAGUAGAUCCAAUGUUAAAAACUAUAGACCAAUCUCCCUACUCAAUGUGGAUUAUAAUUUUUUGCAAAUAUAAUGACUAACAGGCUAAAGAAGGUUUUAUCUAAGUAUAUCCACAAGGACCAGGCAGGAUUUCUGCCUGGAAGACAUACGAAAGACAACAUUACAAAUGUGUUGGAUAUCCUGGAAAAGCUGGAAGCAAGAAAGAGUUGUAAAGCAAUGUUAAUGUUUAUUGAUGCAGAGAAGGCCUUUGACAAUAUAUCUUGGAGUUUAUGUUAUAUAAUUUUGAGAGUAUGGGGGUGGGCAAAGAUUUUUAAAUGGUAUUAAAGGGAUCUAUCAGGAACAAAAAGCUAAAAUUAAUGUAAAUAAUGUGGUUUCGGAGGAAAUUAGAAUUGAGAAGGGAACCAGUUAAGGGUGCCCACUUUCCCUCUGCUGUUUAUUUCAGUUCUUGAGGUCUUGCUAAGUAUGAUUAGAAAGGAUGAACAAAUUAAAGGUAUUACAGUAGGAUCCAAACAAUACAAAUUAAAAGCCUUUGCGGAUGACCUAGUAUUGACAUUACAAGAUCCAGACUCCAGUGCGGCCAAAGCCCUGGAGCUGAUACAAGAGUUUGGUCUGGUAGCAGGAUUUAAAUUAAACAAGAGCAAUACCAAAGUAUUAGAGAAAAAUCUGGAUAAUGAUGAAGGAAAAUUAUUACAAGAAAAGACGAGCCUAGAUAUUGUGAAAAAAGUUAAAUACUUGGGGGUGAAUCUGUCUGGGGAAAAUUUGAACUUAUAUGAAGACAAUUAUGAGAAAUUAUGGAACGAAAUCAAGAGAGAUUUGGAGAUAUGGUCAAAUUUAAAAUUGUCAUUAAUGGGCCGGAUUUCAGCGAUUAAGAUGAAUGUGUUGCCAAAGAUGCUUUUUCGUUUCAAGCCCUACCAAUUAUACACAAUGUAAAAUUAUUUAAAGAAUGGCAGAAAGCUCUGUCUAGAUUUAUCUGACUGGGGGGGGGGGACCUAGAAUUAAGUAUAAAUUACUCACAGACUCUAAAGAAAGAGGGGGAUUUUCUCUGCCAGAUCUAAAAAUCUAUUUUGAAGCAGCAGCAUUCUGCUGGAUUAAAGAGUGGAUGCAACUAGAAGAUACAGAUCUAUUAGAUUUGGAGGGUUUUGACAAUGUGUUUGGUUGGGAUGCAUAUUUAUGGUAUGAUAAGGUAAAGGCCCAUAAUGCUUUCAAAAAUCAUGUAAUUAGGAAAUCGUUGUAUAAUGUUUGGAUAAAAUAUGAAGAUCUUUUAGAAAGAAAGACACCCAGAUGGCUUUCACCAAUGGAGGCAAAGGCCCAGAAAUAGUUAGAUAUGGAUACCAAAUGGUUGAGAUAUUCUGAUUUAUUGUUGGAAGAUGAAGAAGGAUAUAAAUUAAAACCAUUUGAACAAAUUAAAGAUAAGUUAAACUGGUUACAUUACCACCAAAUUAAUUGUAUAAAAUGGAUAAGAAAAAUGGUUUUGCUUCUGAAAAAUCCAAGGUGGAGACGCAGUAGUUGGAUAAUAAAGGUAAAAAAUUUGUCGAAAAUGUAUAAGUUAAUUGUUGGAGUGGCAUACAGAAGAUGAACAAGUUAAAUCUGUGAUGAUAGAUUGGGCAAGAGACGUAGGACACAAUAUAAUGUUUGAGGAUUGGGAAAGACUGUGGAAGAAAGGGGUAAGGUUCACUGCAUGUACAGUGGUACCUCGGGUUACAUACGCUUCAGGUUACAGACUCCGCUAACCCAGAAAUCGUGCUCAGCAGCAGCAGGAGGCCCCAUUAACUAAGUGGUGCUUCAGGUUAAGAACAGUUUCAGGUUAAAAACAGACCUCCGGAACAAAUUAAGUACUUAACCCAAGGUACCACUAUACUGUGUUAAAGGAAAAUAUAAUGAAAAUGAUGUACACAUGGUAUUUGACUUCUGUUAAAUUAGCAAAGAUAUAUCAUAACUGUGAUCAUUUAUGUUGGAAAUGCAAAGAAAAGGAAGGAACUUUUACCACAUGUGGUGGACCUGCCCCAAGGUGAAAGACUUCUGGGAAAAUAUUUAUAAUGAACUGAAAAUAAUGUUGAAAUAUACAUUUAUAAAGAAACCAGAGGCCUUUCUUCUUGGAAUAACGGGUUUGGAAUUGCUCAAGAAAGAUCUUAAGUUGUUUUUGUAUGCAACAACUCUUGCUCGAAUAUUAUUAGCUAAAGAGUGGAAAACCCAAGAAUUAUCGAUGGUGGAAGAAUGGCAGAUGAAGAUGAUGGAUUUUUCGGAGCUAGCUGACCUAACUGGAAGAGUCUGCUACCAGAAGAAGGAGGAGUAUCCGGAAGAAUGGACAAAAUUUUAUGAUUAUUUAGCUAAAUUUGUGAAGUUAAAUUAAUUGGAAAUAGCUUGCAGGAAACAGAUUGGCUUAGGAAUUAAUAUAAGUUAAGUGAUGCUGAACAUGUUUAAUUUUGAAUUGAUAAGAUAUAAGGAUGUUAAUAGACUAAGUUAAGUUCAUAAGAAUUAUGAUUUGGAAAGCCGUUAAAAGGAUAUGCAUGGAAAUUCAACCAAGGGGAAGCGAGGAAGUCACUUAACAAUGUUAAUAAGUGUAAUUUUAAUAAGGUUAUGAUUUUUGUCUGUUUGUUUGUUUAUAAUUUUGUGAAAAUUAAUUAAAAAUUUUUUGGGGAAAAACCUGUUUUUGUAUGCAACUAGUGCAGGAGGAAUAUUACUAGCCCAAAGAUGGAAGCAAGAAGAAAUACCAACAAAAGAGGAGUGGCAAAUAAAAUUGAUGGACUACGCCGAGCUGGCAAGACUUACAGGGAAAAUUGAAACCAGCAGGACCAGACUUUUGAAAAGGACUGGAAGAAAUUUACCGUAUUUUUUGCUCCAUAAGACUCACUUUUUCCCUCCUAAAAAGUAAGGGGAAAUGUGUGUGCGUCUUAUGGAGCGAAUGCAGGCUGCGCAGCUAUCACAGAAGCCAGAACAGCAAGAAGGAUUGCUGCUUUUGCUGCGCAGCGAUCCUUCUUGCUGUUCUGGCUUCUGAGAUUCAGAAUAUUUUUUUUUCUUGUUUUCCUCCUCCAAAAACUAGGUGCGUCUUGUGGUCUGGUGCGUCUUAUAGAGCGAAAAAUACGGUAUGUUGUAUUUGAAAGACAAUAGUAAUUACUUAACAUCACUUGUAGAUUUGCAAGAAGCUUUGUAAGGUGGACUAUUCAAAUUUUUGUGAAAAGGACUAAGAUUAGCUGAUUUUUGUGUGUGUGUGAAAAGGACUAAGAUGAUGUAAGACUGGAUUUACAACAAUAAGCAUAGUAAUGCAUAACUAAAAAAACCUUUAGAAGGGGUUGAAGGAAGUCCAGGGCUGUGACAGCCAAAAAUUUGUUAUGUUGUGUUGGAAAAUCUGUGUAAAAUUUAAUAAAAAAUAUUAAAACAAAAAGAAAUGGCCUUAACAGAUUGGAGAACUGGGCACAAGCUAACCAGAUGAAUUUCAACAGGGACAAAUGUAUUAUAAGGUUGUGGACUUAGGCAGGAAGAACCAGAUGCACAAAUAUAGGAUGGGGGAGACCUGGCUUACUAGCAGUGCAUUUGAAAAGGAUCUAGGGGUCUUGGUGGACCUCAAGCUCAACAUGAGUCCACACUGUGAUGCAGCAGCAAAAAGCUAAUGCUGUUCUAGGCUGCAUCCACAAAAGUCUAGCGUCCAGAUCAAGAGAAGUCAAAGUCCUGCUCUCUUCUGCCUUGGGCAGACCACACCUGGAAACGGUGUCCACUUCUGGUCACCACAGUUUAAUAAGAAGUAUGUGGACAAGCUGGAAGGUGUGCAGAGGAGGGAGACCAGGGUGAUCAAGGGUCUGGAAGGUAAGCCGUAUGAGGAGCGGUUGAAGGAGCUGGGUAUGAUCAGCCUGGAGAAGAGGAGACGGAGAGGAGAUACGAUAGCCAUCUUCAAAUAUCUCAAGGGUUGUCCCAUGGAAGAGGGAACAACCUUGUUUUCUCCUGCUCUGGAGGGUAGGAGUCAAACCAAUGGCUUCAAGUAUCAAGAAAGGAGAUUCCAACUAAAUGUUCAGAAAAGCUUUCUGACAGUAAGAGCUGUUUGGCAGUGGAACGGUCUCUCUUGGGAGAAGGUGGACUCUCCUUCCUUGGAGGUUUUGAAGCAGAGGUUGGAUGGCCCUCUGUCCUGCUGAGAUUCCUGCAUUGCAGGGGGUUGGACUAAAUGACCCUUGGAGUCCCUUACAGCCCUGUGAUUCAGUUUCUGGAUCUCUUGUGUUAUGUACUGAGUUGAAUAGGAUCCAAAAUGCAGCAGUCUGGGGGCCACUAGGGGGCGCAUUGGAAGAUGGCCCACAAUACCAUCUCUCCGACCCACACGGGGAAAUUAAGAGGCUGUUAUGGGAGUAGGCAGCCUCCCUUGUUGCCCCAAGGAAAUGGGGGACACUGCCCUUGCCUGCUGUGCCCAUAAAUCACCCCUUAAUUCGAAAGAAGGGGGUGAGGGCCCUAGGCAGAAUGCCCCUGUGUGGACCUCGGCUCUCCUGGACGCUGUCUCUGAUCGGGCACUAGUUUCAGCAAUUUGGAAUAAUUAAUUACAAAAGAAGCAAAUGCACAUAUUUCAAGUGAAGAAGGGGAGUGAAGUCUGCUAAUUUACCUAAGUGACCUCUGCGAAAGAAGACGACGGGCUGGAGAAACAGGAAUAUUUUACGAUGAAGAUACACUAAAGGCGCGGUAUGUUGACAACGGGGCUGGAUGGGGGGGGGGCUUUUUUACUUUCCUUUUAUGUGAUUUACAAGAACCCCUCCUCAUUAGAACCGUCGGUUGAACUGACCCAAGCAGGAUGAUUAAGGUCUGUGUGGAGAUAAACUUUAACCAAAAGUAUGCUUUAUGGAGACCGAGAAGCAAUAAGAGCUUUUGGGAAUGGCGCAGCAAUUAAUUCGGAGUCACCAUCUUGCCAAAGGAUUUAUAGCCGGGAGGAAGAAUGGACUUGUUUUCAGACUGCAUUCCUAGUGAAUCUCCUCAGAGGUUUUGAGGAAGGAGGCAGAUUGGUGAAGAUUAAUGACGCUAAGACUGUUUUGAUGUAUGGAAGUGAUGUUAUAUGGAAAACGUCUAGAUAUGGCUACUGGAUUAAAAAAAAAUAUAUCCACGCAGGAUUACAAACUGUUCUAACCAGCUUGCGGAGACUAUCAGAGGUCACAAAGAGAAAGGAAAAAUAUAUGAAAAUAACAACAAGAGAUGUGGAAAAAUAAUAAGAAAGGACUGGAUAGUACUGUGAACAUCGUAAGGUUAGAUUUGUGGACAUUAAAACAGCAGUAAGAAGCAAGAAGUUGAUUGGAUCCCUUCGAACUUGAAAUAUGGGUACCCCCAACAAAAAUUUGAAAUUCGGCUGUGUAAUUUGGAAUUUAUGUAAUUUGGUUUGAUUUGAUGUGAUUGGUCGCUUAAUUAAAAAUUAUUCUUAAAAAACAAAAACAAAAUGCAGCAGUCUGAUUGGUCCGCAGGAGCCACCCAAUUCAACUCCAGGUGGAAGUGAAUCAGCAACCUGAUUGGCCUACAGGAGAAUCCUGGAAUUAGCCAAUCACAUGCAACCCAUUGUGUAAAUAAUGUAUAUAAAGCAGAUACUUUGGGGGAACUUUCAUUCCUCACUAUUAUGAGCUGAAUAAAGAGCAUGAAAUCCACACACGACUCCGAGCAUAUUUCAUCUUGGCUCUUGCAAAGCCAACCUGCUCUGCUAGUAACUCGGCAUGUGGGCCUCAGUGCAAGGACGGCUGUCGUAACUUGUGUGUUGCACGAACUCUUUAGGCGGCAUGGUGUUGGCACCAGGCUGGGGAGUGGGCUGAAACAGUCGAUUGGGCAGCGGUCCCUCUUAAUGGAUGCCACGUGGCUGUUGCAUCAAAGUGUCGGCUCCCCUGACAUACCUCCUGUUACAGGAACAUCCCCCAGGCUCACUUGGAUUGUCAAACAAAGACCCCAGUCAAGAGUAUUGGAGCAAAACAGCAGCCACUUAGCCUGAUCUUUAUUGUUGCAAUAAGACUUCAAACUACCACAUGGAAGAAGCAGGAAGAAGCACUGGACAAAGGAAGGCUCCUCUUCUUCCCUGGGGGGUGGCGAGAUCAGCAGGAGGCGGCCGCUUCUCCCUGGGGGUGUGUCAGUGGGACCGGCAGGCCAGCGCAUGUGCCACCACCCCAACCAGCUUGUGGAAGGCAUGGUGGUAAGCAGGGCUAAAUUCCUUCCCAAAGUCGGCAGCCAGGAGGGUGAUGAGGACUUCGCCCUGGUGCUAGAAGAGAAAAGAGAGGGUGACUCCUUUUGCCAGGGGGCUCAUGUGUGGGUCGCCCUCUACCCACAACAGAUCCCACAACGGAUUCAACAGACUGAGGUUGAAUGCUGAAAAGACAGAAGUACUGUUCUUGGGGGACAGGGAACGGGCAGGUGUGGGGGACUCCCUGGUCCUGAAUGGGGCUACUGUGCUUCUGUAGGACCAGGUGCACAGCCUGGGAGUCAUUUUGGACUCACAGCUGUCCAUGGAGGUGCAGGUUAAUUCUGUGUCCAGAGAGGCUGUCUCCCAGCUCCAUCUGCUACACAGGAUGAGACCCUCCCUGACUGUCUGGCCAGAGUGGUGCAUGCUCUAGUUAUCUCCCACUUGGACUACUGCAAUGCACUCUAUGUGGGGCUACCUUUCAAGGUGAUACGGAAACUGCAACAAAUCCAGAAUGCGGCAGCUAGACUGGUGCCUGGGAGGGGCUGCUAAGACUGCCGACCACAAUUCAAAGUUUUGGUGUUGACCUUGAAAGCCCUAAAAGGCCUCAGCCCUUUAUACCCACAGGAGCGUCUCCACCCCCAUUGUUCAGCCCAGACUCUGAGGUCCAGAUCCUGGGGCCCAUAUUUUGAACGCAGCUCUGGCACAGGGAUGGGGAACCUGAGGUCUUCCGGAUGUGGUCUGACUCUGCUUCCCAUUGGCAGGCAGUGGGCUCCCAAUCCCUGCCCUUGUUGAACCUCCCUGUCUUCCUACCCCUGCCGCUUCCAACUCUCCCUCUGCUGUUCUCUCCCCACGCUGUCAAACCUGAAUGUGAGCUCCCUGGGGCAGAGUCCUGUCCUACAUUCCAAGGGCCCUCAAUUGACAAAUGGUGAAGUAAUAAUCAUCAUAAUAAUCAUCAUCUGUAAGUGCACUUAAUUAUCCUCAAUGGGCUUAAUUAUCCUCAAGCUUUAAUUAAGCGUUAAUUAAUUAAGCGUUAAUUAAUUAUGGAUAAUUAAGAUAAUUAUCCUUAAUUAUCCUCCCAUCAUGGCUGCGGGUGGGGACAACACCCAUCACCCUCAUGCCCUGGCUGACCACCAUCAGUGACAGAGCACUGGGCUAAAUGGAUCUUGGUCCAAUCUGACAGGGCAUUUUCAAAUUUCCCAGGAACGCGCCCCAAAGCCCUGCCAGAGGUAUCUAUUCCUCUGUGAUGGGAGUUACCUGUGAGUAAAAAGGUAAAGGUAAAGGGACCCCUGACCAUUAGGUCUAGUCAUGGCAUGACUCUGGGGUUGUGGCGCUCAUCUUCCUUUAUUGGCUGAGAGCAGCUGGCAUAUAGCUUCCGGGUCAUGUGGCCAGCAUGACUAAGCCGCUUCUGGUGAACCAGAGCUGCGCACGGAAACACUGUUUACCUUCCCACCGGAGCGGUACCUAUUUAUCUACUUGCACUUUGACAUGAUUUUGAACUGCUGGGUUGGCAGGAGCAGGGACCGAGCAAUGGCAGUUCACCCCGUCGCGGGGAUUUGAACCGCCGACCUCCUGAUCCGCAAGUCCUAGGCUCUGUGGUUUGACCCACAGCGCCACCCGUAUCCCAGUACCUGUGAGUAAGACCCAUCAAAUUCAAGAAGACACCCCUCUAGCUAGACACGCCGACAACUGCGCUGUUACUUGUUGCCCUUAAAUCCCAUAUAUAUUGGCCAUGAUUAACUUGAUCUUGAUGAGUUCUAAGCUCAACAAACUUAGUUUGGAUUCCACUGUAUGUUCUUAUCUGUCAAAUGGGAAUAAUAGGGACUUCCUUUGAAGGACUGUGCUAGAUUAUUCAUUGCUAACCAUCAGGCAGCAUUUCUGGGCUUCUCAGAGGUGCCUAAUCCAUUGCCCCGUUAUGCUCCUGAUGAGCUUUGCAAGUUGCAGCGCCAUUAAGAAAGGCCAUGCUAGUCCGCCAUGACAAGUGCUGCUAGAGAAAGCAGCGAUGGAAGGGGUGUCCUUUGCGGAGGAUUCACCCAGCACACGCUUGAGCUCAUGGGGAAAGAACACAUGCCCCCCAGACCGUGGCUGAAUUCAUUCCCAAGAACCCAAAGGACAGGCUGUCCCCCAGACGGCACCCAGCGGACAACUGAGCAGAUCUCCCACUGAAGAUUCAUCCUUGCUACCAACCUUGGGGCGUGUAGUCGUGUAAAAGUGUCAGCGGUCUCUUAACAGAAAUAUAAACUCAAGAAACCUACGGCACCCAAAGUUAUUUAGUGCAAGGAGCAGGAGUGAUUUGCAGGUGAUUUAAGUUUCUGGUGUUGAUGCACCAUAAUUCCUUAGCAAAAGCAAAUCAAAACAUUAGUGGAGUAACUGGUGCAUUGCAAAGCAUAAAAGACCCUCAACGUUGAUAUGAAAGGCACUUGAGUUGGGUUUCUAUGUCCUGUUGCUGCCUGGUUUUUUGACUGACCAGUUGCCAGAUGCAGGGCUGGGGAAAGUUCUGAACAAAACCAAACCAGAAACACUUUCCUGUGAGAAAACAGCACCAAAGGUCUUGUGCAUGAUCAGGGCCUGAAAGCUGCCCGUCAAUCAGCUGUCUUCCUCUUUGGCAGAGGGAAUUGCUAGCCUGAUGGACGGCCCUCUUAUCAUCAGAGAAAUGCUGGAGGGUAUGUGAUCCUGGCUGCUGAAGAUGGCUGGAAGGUCGUUUGUCCCGUCAGCUGGAUGAGCUGAUCUGCAGAGCCAAGAGGGCUCUCUGGGCCGUCUAUAACUGAGGAUCUGGGCUUCAGUUCCCCAACUGAAGCGGAAGGUAAGCCAGAGCAGUUGCUCUUUUGCUCAGCCUGUUAGAUAAAUCAACAGUCGUGUCUAUGAGCGUUUAGGAAAAGAUGCUGCGAUUACUGAGACCCAGCAUAGGUUUCCCAAAAUAAGUCAGCCAGACCAAUCUGAUUGAUUUUUUCUCUUUUCUAGACAGAGGUACAAACUUGGUGGAUCAGGGGAAUGCUGUGGACAUAGUGUAUCUUGAAUUCAGUGAGGCUUUUGACAAAAUCCCCCAUGAUAUUCUAGCGAGGAAGCUGUUGAAAUGGAGGUUGAACAAGGUAACUAUUUGGUGGAUUGGUAGAUGGUUGACAGACCAAACCCAAAGAGGACUCCUUAAUGGUUCCUCAUCAACCUGGGGAGAAGUGAUAAGUCGUGUGCGCAGUGUGCUGUCCUGGGUCUGUUGUUGUUUGACGUCUUUAUAAAGGACCUGGAUGAAGGAAUUGAGGGGAUGCUCAUCCAAUUUCCAGAUGACACCAAACUGGGAAUGGUAGCUAAUGCCGCAGAAAACACAAUCGGGAUUCAAAAUGACCUUAACAGACAUUCAAAAACUCUUUCAGAUCAUAAUCCAAUUUUGUGUGAAAUUAUAGGAAUAGACUUUUCGUUGGAGACUGAAUGAUAAUUUAUUAGAUGAUCAAGAAAUAUAUGAAAAAGCAGAAAAGACUUGAAAAGACUAUUUUAUGCAUAAUUGGAAUGGAGAAAUAAAAAUCAGUGUAAUGUGGGGGAGACCUGGCUUACUAGCAGUACAUGUGAAAAGGAUCUAGGGGUCUUGGUGGACCACAAGCUCAACAUGAGUCCACAGUGUGAUGCAGCAGCAAAAAAAGGGAAUGCUAUUCUAGUCUGCUUCCACAGAAGUCUAGUGUCCAGAUCCAGGGAAGUCACAGUCCUGCUCUCUUCUGCCUUGGUCUGACCACACCUGGAACACUGUGUCCACUUCUGGCCACCACAGUUUAAGAAGGAUGUGGACAAGCUGGAAGGUGUGCAGAGGAGGGAGACCAGGGUGAUCAAGGGUCUGGAAGGCAAGCCGUAUGAGGAGCGGUUGAAGGAGCUGGGUAUGUUAAGCCUGGAGAAGAGGAGACGGAGAGGAGAUAUGAGAGCCAUCUUCAAAUAUCUCAAGGGUUGUCCCAUGGAGGAGGGAGCGUGCUUGUUUUCUCCUGCUCUGGAGGGCAGGACUCGAACCAAAGGCUUCAAGAUGCAAGAAAGGAGAUUCCGGCUGAUCAUUUGGAAACACUCUCUGACAGUAAGAACAGUUCAGCAGUGCAACAGACUCCCACAAGCGGAGGUGGACUCUCCUUCCUUGGAGGUUUUUAAACAGAGUUUGGAUAGCCAACUGCCAGGGAUGCUUCAGCUGAGAUUCCUGCGUUGCAGGGGGCUGGACUAGAUGACCCCUGGAGUCCUUACAGGUCUACGAUUAAGUUUCUGGAUCUCUUGGCUCUUGCAAACCCAACCUGCUCUGCUAGUAACUCGGCACGUGGGACUCAGUCCAAGGACGGCUGUCGUAACUUGUGUGUUGCGCAAACACUGUGGGCUGCAUGGCGUUGGCACCAGGCUGGGGAGUGGGCUGAAACAGUCGAUUGGGCAGCGGUCCCUCUUAAUGGAUGCCACGUGGCUGUUGCAUCAAAGUGCCGGCUGCCCUGACAUACCUCUCCAUCUGGUGAAGAUAGGGACAUCCUAUUCCAUAAGAGAAUAUAAAUCAUGCCCUACCCAUCUGACUGGGUUGCCGCAGCCACUCUUAGCGGCUUCCAACAUAUACAAAAACACAACAAAACAUUCAAAAACUUCCCUUUCCAGGGCUGCCUUCAGAUGUCUUCUAAAGGUCGUAUAGUUACUUAUUUCCUUGGCUCGGGGGUUGCAUAACUCCAUACCCUCCACCAUUUCCCUGGUGAAAACAGGGAUAUCCUAAGGGAAAGUGGGACAUUCCGGGAUCAAAUCAGAAACUGGGAAAGAGGGGCGCUUGGAAGGCCUGCCUUGAAUGUCAUGCUUAGAACUAGGAGUAGUCUCUCGUUUAUCAAUCCUCGUUGUGUCCUAGUAAUCUGCGAAGGAGUUUGGGAUAUGGGUCUUCUUGUCCCAAUUAAUCCCCACAAAGACCCUGGGAGGAGGGACAGUCCAAAAAACAGCCGAGCUUUUGGCGGGGUUCGAGCGCAAGUCUCCUUGCCCCUUUAUCCUGCACCCGACGACAGCUGCCUCUCCUUCAACACUCCCCAAGUCCAUGGCACAUAUUGGGCUGCUUCUGUUUUCAAUGUGCAUUUCGUGUUUUUACGUUGUGCUUUUAUCCUGUAAACCGCCUGAGACCUGCGGGUAUAGGGUGGCCUCCCAAUUUGAGAUGAUGAUGAUGCAGUCCUAUCAAGGCGCCUUGUAGCUGCCUCUCCUCUCCACUCAGAGCUCCCCUUGCUUUCUUCACAGGGCUGGAACAGGAGCUGCUCAGGCAUCCCUUUCUGGAAGGCUGUGGUGCACGGUCCCUGAUUCAGGGUCCUGAUCCUGCAGCCCCUUCUCUUCACCACCCAUGGGCUCUCCCCCCCCUCCUGGCUUGCUGCAUGAGCUCCAUAUGCAGGGAUGAUUUUGCAGAUCUGCCCAGCCUCCUGCUGAGUCAGGCCUGGCUCCCCCUGAUAGCUCCGGCUGCAAGAGGCCGACCUGUUGCUCAGGAGGAGGUGAAAAUGACUCUGCUGCAGAUCACCCAAGCAGCAGCGAUUCUGACACAGCAAAAAUAAACUUUCGCCAAGUGAGCAUUGGAAUUAAAGGAGCAUAACUCAGUCUGCAGGAGCAUCGCUGGUUGUUGGCGAAACUCGUUUGACAACAGAGAGAAACUGAACCUUUCAUGUCCUCAGGUCAGUGGAACUCUCUGCCACUGGAGAUUCAGGGGGCACCUUCCAUGCAAAGCUGUAGUUGCCUGCUGAAAACAUUUCUAUUCCUCCCAGACUGUGCAGGCAAUUAAGAACGCAUCGUUUUGCAAAUGGUUAAUUGAUGUCUGUUGUUCACUUUUUCAAAGAUUAAACAGGUAUUAUGUCUUUACUGAUGUAAAUCUCUUGGAUAUAGUUUUGUAUGACACAGUGGUGUACAAAUAUUUUUAUAAAUAAAUAUGAAAUGUUUUUUUUAAAUACAUAUGAAUGAAGGAAAUAAACAAAUGAGGAGAGCUGGGCUCCCGUUCCUCCCACUGGCCAACCAGAUGUCCAACGGAAGCCCCCCCGCCCCCUCCCCCUCCCGUGCUUUGCUCUCCCCUCCCCCAGUCACAGGCACUCAGUGGCUCAGACCAUAUCCCCUCAACUGUGCCAGAACAAACGGGACAUCUCAUAUUUCCCUGUGUGAGCAUGGCAGUCAUUUGGGGCCCCCUGCUCUCAGGCGAUGUUGGAAUGCGAUCUCCCCUCAAAAAAGCACAUUGGGGGGACCAGGGACCUUGUGUGGGUCACGUGAUUCACGCAGGAGUGCGGCCCCAGAAGAUGGGGUCCCGCUUUCCCCCCAUGUGGCAUUUGACAGUGUGCCAUGGGCUGGCUUAAAGGAGCCUGGUAGCCACUGUGCCCAAGGUCCACGGAAAGGUCGUCUUCUGCUGCUGUGAAUGUAAUAUCUUAUUCUGAAAUAUUGUUUUGAGUUUCGGGUGGGUGGCUUAGCCUGUAUGAUGCUGGAGCGAGUCCCUUCUCAUUCCUGGACCCAGCGAGGGUUGAAAUCCUUUGCUGAAGGAGCCAGACAGCUUUCUGGGCCAGCGAAUGGCCUGAGGGUGCAAGGAAGGCGCUUGCUCUGCGCCCGAGGACACCUGGCUGGCAGUCAGAAGGACAAAAGCCACAGGGGGAGCGGCUGCUUCCAAGCCUGGGACUGGGGGAGAACCUCGCCUCUGCUUCGUCUGGGAGACAGGGAUUUCCAUCAAGUUAAUCAUGUUAAUCAUGGCCAAUAAAAAUGGGAUUUAAGGGCAACAAGUAACAGCGCAGUUCUCGGCGUGUCUAGCUAGAUGGGUGUCUUCUUGAAUUUGAUGGGUCUUACUCACAGGUAACUCCCAUCACAGAGAAAUAGAUACCUCUGGCAGGGCUUUAGGGCGAGUUCCUGGGAAAUUUGAAACUGCCCUGUCCGAUUGGAUCAAGCUCCAUUUAGCCCAGUGCUCUGUCACUGAUGGUGGUCAGCCAGGGCAUGAGGGUGGUGGGUUUUGUCCCCACCCUCAGCAAGGAUGGGGAAACCCAAAUCUUCUCAGGCUCUGUACUCAACGUACAGUGAAAGCACAUGAUUCCCCCCCAAAGACUUCUGGGAAGUGUAGUUUACCCCCUCAAAGAGCCACAGUACUUAACAAACUGCAGCUCCCGUGAUUCAGCUGGAAGCUCAAUCUCUUUCUUCAGUGCUGGAGAUGGGACAAUGUUCUCUCCUGCACCUGAAGGCAGCAAGCCAGCUUGGGGGUGGCAGGCUGUGUUUGUCCUACGAUGCCUCACCACUGUGUCCUCCAGCCCAGCAUCUGCCCCUGAAGCAGCCACCUCGCUCCCAAUGACAGGGGUGGCCCUGGGCAAUCCUGGCCACAUGCCCUGAUCUGUACCAGGGCCCAAGAAAGCAUUGCAAACAGAGUUGCAAUCGCUUGAGGAUAAUUGAGCCCAUUGAGGAUAAUUAAGUGCACUUACAGAUGAUGAUUAUUACUUCACCAUGUAUCAAUUGAGGGCCCUUGGAAUGUAGGACAGGACUCUGCCCCAGGAGCUCACAUUCAGGUUUGACAGCGUGGGGAGAGAACAGCAGAGGGAGAGUUGGAAGCGGCAGGGGUAGGAAGACAGGGAGGUUCAACAAGGGCAGGGAUUGGGAGCCCACUGCCUGCCAAUGGGAAGCAGAGUCAGACCACAUCCGGAAGACCUCAGGUUCCCCAUCCCUGAGCAAGAGCUUCAUUCGAAAUAUGGGCUUUGAAGCAGAUGAGGUGUACAAAAGGGAGCAGGAAUGACGAAAGAAUUGGAGACUUCUAAAGUGACCCAAAGUCAUACAACCAGAAAAGUUGAGGCCACAGGCAGACAUUUCUCAGGAGAAAGAUGAUUCUGCGCCCCUUGAAAGGUCACCUGAAUCAGUCAAGGCAAAUACACACAAUCAAGUUUUAUAGGCUUGAGAAAAUUUAACAAACAAUUGCAGAAUUCUGGGGACUUGAAGGUCUAGAAUGUCUGCUGAAAGUUCUCUUGGAAAUUCCUAGUGCUCCCUCACAGAACUCCAUUUCCCAGAGUUCCUUAAGAUUGGGAAUGACAAAAGUCAGAGCCUUCUUGGUCAGGCCAAAGGGGACCAUUGAGUCCAGAAUCCUCUUCUCCCAAUGGCCAACUAUGGACCCCAAUGGGCAAGCAGGAUUGGAGCCCCAGAGCCUCUCCCUUGACGCCGUUUCCUGCAAGUGGGAUUCAGAAGCAUCGCUGCCUCUGAUGGUGGAGGGAGAGCAGAGCCAGCCAGACUAGGAGCCAUUAGGGCUUUUUCAGCCGUGGCUCCGAUCUGGUGGAACACUCUGUCACAAGAGACCAGGGCCCUGUGGGACUUGACAUCUUUCCGCAGGGCCUGCAAGACAGAGCUGUUCCACCAGGCCUUUGGCCAGGCCACAGCCUGACUCCCUCCCUCGGCAAUCUUCGCGGAGCUCUGGCCCAAUGGCUGCCAGUGGCUUGAAUUAAUUAAUUUUAUAAUGAAUGAUUUUAGAGUGUUGUUUGUGCUGUACUUUUGUACUGUUUUAUUGUUGUUAGCCGCCCUGAGCCCGGCUUCGGCUGGGGAGGGCGGGAUAUAAAUAAAAUUUAUUAUUAUUAUUAUUAGAGCUUUUCCUCCAUGAAUCUGUCUAGUCCGUCUUUCAGGCCACCCAGGUUGACAUCUGAUGUCUUUCCACAGGGAGGGAGCCACUGCCAAGAAGGCCCUUUGCCUGGUACCCUGUAGCUGAAUCACCGGAGGAGGAGGACCUCAGUGUCUGGGCUGAGCGAUGGGGGUGGAGACGGUCCUUUGGGGCUGCCUUCAGAUGUCUUCUAAAGCCUUUAUACUUGCUUGUCUCCUUAGCACAGGGGUGGCAUUACUCCAUACCCUCCAGGAUUUCUCAGGGGAAAAUAGGCAUGUCUUAAGGAAAAGCAGGACAUUCUUAGAUCAAAUCAGAAACCAGGUCGGCUUCUGUAAAUCUGGGAGGAGGAGCUUUGGCCCAGGGUAUAAAAGGCUCCAGCCCUGGAAGAAGCUCCAGCUCAGCCCAGAAGGUUUUCUCCAGCAGCCGAGAGAAGCUCCCAGCCCACAGCCAGCCAUCAUGGCCGAGAUGCAGAUCAUCACCACUAUUUGGAUGAGACUGGAUGAGGCCGUCAAUCCUGCAGAAGCCCUUGGCAGGUAAGUCCAGGGGUGGUUGCCUCUCUAGGCAGGUUGGGCAAGUGCUCCUCUUUCCACCUGGAUAAUAACCAUCCAUGCCUCUCCCUUUUUCCUUCCUUCCUUCCUUUGUUCCUUCUCUGCAGCCUGCUGGUGGUCUACCCCUGGUGCCAGAGGCUCUUCGCUCGCUUCGGGAACCUCUCUGACCCUGCCCUCUCAUUAGGAACCUCUCCAGCCCUCUUUGCACGAGGUCAAGGAGGCUUUUUCCGAGCUGCCUGAACUGCUGUGCGACAAGCUCCACAUGGACCCCGUCAACUUCAGGGUGAGGCUGCUCCCCCACCCCAAGGGGCUGCCUGGCAGGGGGGACUGGGGGUGCCGUGUGUGUGUGUGUCACUCUGGGUGGCUCACAGGACAUAAAACAUUAGACAUUAAAAAUUUCCUGCUACAGGAUUGCCUUCAGAUUUCAGUUAGUUGUUUAUUUCCUUGACAUCUGGUGGGAGGGCAUUCCACAGGGCGGGCGCCACAACCAAGAAGGCCCUCUGCCUGGUUCCCUGUAACCUCACCUCUCAGAGUGAGGGAACUGCCAGAAGGGAGCUGGACCUCAGGGUUUGGGCUGAACAUUGGGGGGAGACGCUCCUGUGGGUAUACAGGGCUGAGGCCUUUUAGGGCUUUCAAGGUCAACACCAAAACUUUGAAUUGUGCUCGGUGGUCUUAGCAGCCCCUCCCUAUCACCAGUCUAGCUGGCGCAUUCUGGAUUUGUUGCAGUUUCCGUAUCACCUUCAAAGGUAGCCCCACAUAGAGUGCAUUGCAGUAGUCCAAGUGGGAGAUAACUAGAGCAUGCACCACUCUGGCCAGACAGUCAGGGAGGGUCUCAUCCUGCGCACCUUCAAAGGUGCAUUGCAGUAGUCCAAGCGGGAGAUAACCAGGGCAUGGACCACUCUGGCCAGACAGUCCACUGAGGCGUUCCCAAAGUAAAGGAAGGAUUGAACUCUGAUUAAUACAAAUACACACAGAGGCUUGAACCAGCAAGACUUUGGGAAGGGUGAGUAUAAUAAUCUCUCUCUCUGUGUGUGCCUCCAGCCCCUGGCCCAGGUCGUUUUAUUCACAAAAGAACUUUUUACAGAGUGUUCGUAAGAACCAAUCAGAUUUCUUCUGAGCAUUUCAACAAACCCACGUAGGGACAAAGUUAAACGACAAACACUAGUUAGGCAUGCAUACAUUUGGGUAAAUGAAUGAAAACUACAAAGGAGUGCAUUCAGCAACCCCGGAGGUCAUAAACAAUCAAUACACAUGAGAAGAAGGAUGGCCAGGAGGACAGCGAUCAUUACCACCUUUGUGUGAGACCUGUUUCCUGGCCCUAAGAUUAACACAUCAGAAAAGCUACUUCAAAGAAGCUUGCCCACUAUCUUUAUGGCCCAGGAUGCUUGCCUGGCAAAGCAACUGGGCUGUGUACGUGACUUGACAAGCAAGAGAGAUGGGCAGUAGAGGAAAUGGCCAGAGAUGCAGAGGGUUGUGGGAUUUGGUCAGAAAUUAUUGUCAAUGAAUCAAACCCAGUCAACACAAUGCAUUCAUAGUGGACACAACGACUUGCCCAAAGUCCACCCUAAACAGUGCUUCUGUCUUGUCAGGAUUCAACCUCAAUCUGUUGAAUGCGUUGUGGGAUCUGUUGUGGGGAGAGGGUGACUCACACAUGGGCCCCGGCAGAAGGAGUCACCCUCUCUUUCUCUUCCAGCUCCUGGGCAAUGUCCUCGUCAUCAUCGUGCUACCCCCUCCCCCGGACAGGAAUUCACCCCUGCUUACCACCAUGCCUUCCACAAGCUGGUUCGGGUGA